AUGGCACCAGAGAGAGUCUACCAGAUUUUGAAGUUCUUCGGUAGAUUGAGUUGUACGUGGCCACUGGAAGAUAAUCCUGGCAAGUGGUGGAGAAUAGUUAAUGAAUUGCAAUUUUUAUUUACCAUUGUCAAUGUCAUGGGACUCCUGGUGCCACUUGUAGCUGGUGCUCAUCAUCAUCGGCAUCAUGUUGGUACAGCCAUGAAGGCCCUCUCGGAGUUGACUGCUCUCGGGGAUGUCUUGUUCAAUCUCAUCCUCUGCAGAGUGCAGAGACAUCGUCUCCGGGAAUUAUUGAUGGAAGUGAGCACGUACACCGGUAGAAUCGAAGGAGCAGAGAAGGAAAUAUUUCACAGGAGUGUCAACCACUACCUUCCAUUUUGUGCAUUGGUUGGACUAUCAUAUCUCCAAACAGCUAUUGCAUUUUCCUUCGGGCCGCUCGUAAUGUCAUCAAUACUCCCUGCCGAUACUUGGUAUCCAUUUCCCAUCGAAAUAUUUUCCACCCUCUACUUUCUAGUGUACAUCCAACAAGUAUUCACUAUUAUUCAAACUGGUAUGUGCAUCACUGUGGAUUUUAUGGUUGCAUUUCUCCUCAGUUAUCUGUCAGCUAGAUUACAAACGCUGAAUAUUGAAUUUCGGAGGGCUCAUGGAGAGAGGGAACUCCAUGCAUGUAUCGCACAGCAUCUUGAUUUUAUAAGAUUUGCAGGGGAACUUCGGGUGGCUGUACGAUUUAUCAUUCUUAAGGGGAUCGUUACUAUGGCAUUGGCCGCCAUUUUCGGGGCUUUUCCAAUUAUUGAGAACGAACCUCUGCCUGUCAUUUCGCAAUUCAUCCUCAUGGUUGUCGCUGGCUGUCUGCGACUUUAUGUCAGUGCCUGGCCGGCGGAUGACGUCCGUGAAAUGAGUGAAAAAAUCGCGUGGUCCAGCUACGCAUCUCCCUGGAUAAAAAGUCCACGAAGAAUGCGAAAAACCAUAAGUAUUGUUGUCCACCGAGCUCACAGACCUCUAGUCAUCGCAGUCCACGGAAUUCUCCCCGCGUUAACUCUCAGAUUUUACGCAUCGUUUUUGUCAUCAACUCUCUCCUACUUCAUGACUUUGCGUGCUGUACUGCGUAAUUAA